GGUCCGAGUAAUUUACCUUUUUUUUCUUGGAAAGUUGACUUUACUUCAUAACAAAGCGGAAAACACCGAUCCUUGAUUUUGUUGGUACGAGGAAAACACCAAUCCACACAUGCUUAAAAGCAUGAAAAUGGCUUACACCGUGCAGUUACCUUCCCUUUUAUAUUCGUCGAUGGCCGAAGGUGUAUGGUUCCUAAGAGUAUGAAAGCCGUUUUCAGUUCCCAAACAUGUCUUCUUCUUCUCUCUUCUCCAGACCUUCGACUGUUGGAAUGCAAAGAAGACCUGUCGCUGCACAGCCUGAUGCAUCCAAUCAGAUGCCUUCUUCGGCAGUGAUUCAUCCAGACAUCGAUCCUCCUCCGAAACCAAGGGCUUUAACUCAGUGCCUUGCUGUGGGAUUCUUUAUCUUCCUUGUGUUGCUGCAGUUCUUGCCGGUCACCCAUGUUCGUGAUCCUUCUGGUCCACGCGGUAACUGGCUUCCCUCUGAUUCCAAUCUCCGUUACAAAUCCGUCUCUUCCCCUUCUAAAGUGUCUUCCCCUGCUGGUGGGAAGGGUGACAUGAUACACAUUGUUUCUUGGAUGGACUGUUUGGAUCUUCAAGUCCUUGCUGUUCUUGCAAACUUCACUUUGUCAAACUCAAGAUAUCCAGACAAGGUGUACUUUCAUUUCUUCGUACCUUCAGGACAUGACGUGAAAUUUUAUUAUUACAAGCUGAAAGUGUUAUUUCCGCAUUCCAACCUUGAAGUUCUCGAGCAGAAGGAAGUUAAAGAAAUAUUGGAGACUGUUACCUCACAAGGCGAAUAUGGUGUACCCUCUUUUCAUGAAAUGGCCCCAUUUAUCAUCCCAAUAGCUUAUCCAUCAAUUAGCAGGUUCAUUUACGUCUCUCCAGAUAUAAUUGUGAAGGGAACGAUUGAAGAACUAUACGUAGUUGAUCUGGACAUGUAUGGAGCUGCUGCUGCUGACGACUGUACUAAAAACUUGAGUGCCUAUGUUAAAUUUGAUGUUCUGGAUGCAAUUCAAAGAUCAGCAUCUAAUCCUUGGGUAUCUAAAGAACCUUAUGAAAGAAGUGCUUGUGUGCCUGAUCUUGAUGUGAUUUUAAUUGAUUCAAGGACAUCGAACAUUGAUAUGAUUGAAGCCAUAUUGUGGUGGAGCGGAAUUCUGAAUAUAGGGAGUGAAAGGUUUGACACAAAUCCUUCUCCAAAUUCGGAGCUUUCUUGAGUAACCAAAAUAUAUAUGCAUACAUGUUUAGAACCUUCUUGAGGAAAGUUAUGGCAGUACACGAACCUAUGUUACUCAGGUAAGGCAGGGGCACCACUUAGAUAUGGCACUUUGGUACAUAAAAAAGUGUGUUUGGGUACACUCCUACUUUGAAGUUUCUGGGAAAAAAGUGUGUUUGGGUACAUAAAAAAGUGUGUUUGGGUACACUCCUAAAUUAUGUAAUAAAAUGGUAUUUUCUCUGCUGCCUUUUCUUUAAACUCCAUUUUUUCUUUAAAAUUCACCUCCAUUUCAUGUAA